AUGCUGGAGGAGCGGGACUGCGGGGCUCCGGGCGCCAGGGCAGCGUCCGCAGUAAUGGACUGCAAAGACAGACCAGCUUUUCCAGUCAAGAAGUUAAUACAAGCCCGUCUACCCUUCAAGCGCCUGAAUCUUGCCCCAAAGGAGAAAACCAAGGACGGAUCAGACAACACAAGAAGCUCUCCAAGUGCUCCUGCACAAAGUCAAGUCCCCGAUGUAGAAACCUCUUUGGACAACUUGGAGAACAAUUUUCAUAUGGGUUCUGACAUAGAUUUUAGACCAAAACUUGUCAAUGGGAAGGGUCCCUUAGAUAACUUUUUAAAAAAUAGAGUCAAAACCAGUAUUGGCGAGACCACAGUCAUCAUUGAUUUGACAGAGGACUCAAGUGACCAACCAGACGACAUUUCAGCCUACGAUAAACUAAAUCCUGCAGCCUGUCCCUCCUUGGAGGAGGCAGUCAAUAAGGUCAGAGAAGAAGCUGGAGAUGAGGGGGGGCUGCCGAAGGCUAGUCAGAAGGACGAGCUAACAUUUUCUGAAGAGACCCUUUUAGACAUUCCAUGCAAAACAGAGGAGGAGGGUGCUGGCUCAGGGGGCACAGAGAGGAGAGGAGACGCACAGGAAGCACCUCAGAGCUGCCCCAAGUUGACAGAUGGUCCAAGAACGUGCUCAGAGAAGGACCAGGACGGUUGGAGCGAAGCUGGAGGCAUCUUGUUCAAAGGGAAGGUGCCCGUGGUGCUCUUGCAGGAUAUCCUGAGUAUAAAACCUGGAGCCACGUCUCCAGCCAUCCCUCUGGACCAGGGUACGCCCUCCCGGAGGGAAGUGCUAGAGUCUAGCCACGGAGAAGACUCUGUUCUCAGCCAUUCCUCCCUGAGUUCUUCCUCUCCUACCAGCUCACCUGAAGGGUGGUGUGCUUCCAAAAAUCAGCACAACGGUCCCAGUGCCUUCCCCACCCUCACACCUGUCCGCAGAGAUAAGGAGCGUUUGGGCAAGCAGCUGAAGUUACAGGCCGAAAAAGAAGAAAAGGAGAAGCUAAAGGAGGAGGCUAAGCGUGCCAAGGAAGAAGCCAGGCGGAGGAGAGAGGAAGAGAAAGAGCUAAAGGAGAAGGAGAGGCGCGAAAAAAGGGAGAAGGAAGAGAAGGAGAAGGCUGAGAAGCAGCGACUCAAGGAGGAGAGGCGUAAGGAGCGGCAGGAGGCCCUGGAGGCUAAGCUGGAGGAGAAGAGGAAAAAGGAAGAGGAGAAACGGCUGAGAGAAGAAGAAAAGCGCAUUAAAGCAGAGAAAGCUGAAAUCACGAGGUUCUUCCAGAAACCAAAGACUCCACAGGCCCCCAAGACGCUGGCCGGCUCCUGUGGGAAGUUUGCUCCUUUUGAAAUUAAAGAGAACAUGGUCCUCGCCCCUUUUUGUCGGACCACCUUUGACCAAGACCUCUGUGAUCAGUUAGACCAGCUCAUGCAGCAACAGAAUGGCGACUUCUCCUUCCUAAAAGAUCUAAAAGGCCGGCGGCCCCUCAGGUCUGGACCCACGGUGGUUUCUAACCGGAAUGCGGACAUUUUUAACAGUGAUGUGGUGAUAGUGGAAAGCAGCAAAGUAGAUGGCAUUCCUGAGAGGAAGAAGUUUGGCAGGAUGAAGCUCCUGCAGUUUUCUGAGAAUCACCGACCAGCAUAUUGGGGGACAUGGAAUAAGAAGACAACAGUCAUCCAUCCAAGGGACCCCUGGGCCCAAGACAGGAAGCUUCUGGAUUACGAGGUGGACAGUGAUGAUGAGUGGGAAGAGGAAGAGCCAGGAGAGUCUCUCUCUCACAGUGAAGGGGAUGAUGAUGAUGAAGUAGAAGACGAAGAUGAUGAUGAUGGGUUUUUUGUGCCGCAUGGGUACCUGUCUGAGGAUGAGGGAGUAACUGAGGAGUGUGCUGACCCUGAGAACCACAAGGUCCGCCAGAAGCUGAAGGCCAAGGAAUGGGACGAGUUUUUAGCCAAGGGGAAGCGGUUCCGCGUGCUCCAGCCUGUGAAGAUCGGCUGCAUCUGGGCAGCGGACAAGGAUGGCAGCGCCGACCUGAAGGUGCUAGAGCAGUUCACCGCAUGCCUUCUGGAGACAGUUCUCCCUGAGGAGGAGCAGACACCUAAAGCCUCCAAGAAAAAGAAGAGGGACCAACACAUCUUGGCCCAGUUACUUCCGCUGCUGCACGGGAAUGUGAAUGGAAGCAAAGUGAUCAUCCGGGAAUUCCAGGAAUGCUGCCGCCAAGGACUGCUUGGCAAGGACACUAGCAGUCCUGAGAGCAGCUCCGCCAGCCCUCCAAGUCCUGGCUCUUCCCGCCCGCAGACCCCCACCUCCAGCGAGGACAAUGCCGUCCCCUCCAAGGCCAGGCUUAAGCGUAUUAUUUCCGAGAACUCAGUGUACGAGAAGAGGCCUGAUUACAGGAUGUGCUGGUACGUCCACUCACAGGUGCUGAAGAGCUUUGAUCAGGAGCACCUGCCCGUGCCGUGCCAGUGGAGUUACGUCACUAUGGUGCCCUCAGCUACCAGGGAGGACAGUGGCAGCACCCCCACCCCAGGGCCCAGCCAGGGGACACCCAUCUCGCUGAAGAGGAAGUCAGCAGGAAGCAUGUGCAUCACUCAGUUCAUGAAGAAGCGCAGGCAUGACGGGCAGGUCGGAGGUGGGGACCUGGAUGGUUUCCAGGCAGACACAGAGGAAGAGGAGGAAGAGGACGGUGACUGUGCGAUAAUGGACAUCUCGGAUAUUGCUGAAGUCCAGGACCCUUGUGUAACCACUCCCAGAGCUGGAAGGCCUGUGGGAAUGGACACCAGCGAGAGCCCCACGCCCUCCAACUCACUCAGCCCCUCCUGA